GCACGACGGGGCAAUGCUCAAACCGGAAGCGGAAGUGGUGGCGGCCGCACAGAUUCUUGGACCCGAGAUAGGCUGUAGGGGUUUUUCGGGGCAAACUGAGGCCGAGUUUGAGCCAGACGGAGAGCCCGGGAGAAGGGAAGGCGAGGCGGGGAAUGGGCCCCGGCGCAGGGCAGUAGCGAGUGCGUAGGAGCCCGCGGGGUGGGAAGACAAGCGGGAGGGCCCUGCCGUUCGCGCGCUCCUCGCCUGCAAGAUGAGCGCCAGGGGCAAGAAGCGCGUGGUGCUGCCCACGCGCCCUGCGCCUCCCACGGUGGAGCAGAUCCUGGAGGACGUGCGAGGCGCGCCCGCACACGACCCUGUUUUCACCGCCCUGGCGCCGGAAGACCCCCCAGAUCCUUCCCCAAGGACCGAGGACCCUGAGGCCAGGUACGAGCAGAUCUACCAGCAGAGCCGUGCCUAUGUGGCCAUGAACGAGAGGCUGCAGCAGGCGGGGGACACACUGAGGCAGAAGUUCGAGGAACUUCGGCAGGCUGGUCAGAGGCUUGAACAGGAUGUUAGCCAGGUGACCUCAGCCACCUCCUAGAGCCGAGGCAUCUGGCUGACAACCAGAGGCUCUGGGUCAACAUCUGCUGCCCCAGCACCGGACUGAGGGGGUCCCAGUGGCUCACUCGGCAGGCUUUGGGUCUUUGUUCCCUCUUCCAUCCUUGGUGGCCUCUAACUUGGGGUGGAUUAGAGACGUGACCACCUCCUCAUUCAUGGGGGCACCGGCCUGGAUUGCAUCUAGGACUUGGCUGGAGAUGGGGGCUCAGAGCCGGCCUGCCCCACAGUGACCAGCCCUCAGCCACUGUGCCCUGGUCCCACGUCCUGCCCCAUGUCGCCCUGGGCAGCUAGGGUCUCCAUCCCCAACCUCCGCAGCAGGCCAGAACCUGUAUGUCCAGUGUCAUCUCAGUUGAGAAGAUGGGCUGACUACCCCCUUCCUAGAGCCUGGCCUUGCCUGCUCUCUGGUCCCAUCUCCCUAGGGCUGGAGGAACUCAGCAAGAGGGUUUUCACUCUGAGAAGUCCAGGGGUACUGGAGGAGCCAAAGGGGGGACAGUGCAGGUCUCUGCAGGUCCCCACAUCAUGCAAGCGCAGCUGGGCUCCUAUAGGACUCCUGUGUGGUGGGCGUUGCCCCUUCUGGACCUGGGGUCCGGUUGACCCUCUUGCUGAAGCCGCACCGCUCUGGGGUGGGCAGGCUUUAUUUCUGGAACAUCAGAGUUUGAUUCUAGAGCUCAGACCUCCCCAUAGAUGGACACUGGAUCACUGGGGCCCAAGUCCAUGCCAGCCCCUUCGCGCCCUAGGGUUCGGCCACCCCACAUGCCUUCUCACAUCCCAAGCUGGCUGGGACUCUGCCAGAAAUGGCCUUGGCUUGUGGUCACCUUAUUCCUGCCAUUCCCCAUUCCUAGGAGUCACAGAAACCUGUUUAUUCCGGGUUUCCGGGUCCCCACGGGCACUUGUCCGGCUGGUGUCCUAGAGCAAAUGGCCAGGCGUGGCUCGGCUGACCCUGAAUCAACCUCGGCUCUAGCAUGUGUGGACCUGGUGCAGUGUUCAGUCGGCAGGGGGCGUUCCGUGCACCAGUGCCUCGUGGGGUUGGACUAGCUCCAGGAGGAGGUUCUGGAACAACCUCCCCACUCCAAAGCCCAUGUUGAAGAUGAAAGCCUUGGGCAGCCCCAGAGCGACUCAGCUCAUUUUAUUAAAGAUGUGAAUAAGAACCAGAA